UCUUUUUAACUAACAGGCAGUUUCGGCCAAAGAUACUCCGAUCCGGUCUCGGGUGGACUUCACUGGUAGUGGCGGUCUACGCGUUUUUACUUUUUUGUAUUUUUUUUUUCACUUCUACUAAAGAUAACGAUGGGCAAGAAAGGUGCUGGUGGAAACAGCAAGGCUGAAGCCGCAAAUGCAAAGAAGGCUGCUGCUAAGGCUGAAAAGGACAAGUCUAAGGCUGUUGCUGCCGAAGCUCAAGAAGCCGACAAGUGGUCCCAGGGUGCUAAAGGCAAAGGCAAGAAGGAUGCCGAGGCUGAGAAAAAGGCUGCACAAGCAGCCAAGAAGGCUGAAUUGGCUAGAAUUAAGGCUGAGGAAGAGAAGGAAACAGCCAAGAUCAAGCCCAAGGGUGCUGAUAAAGCGGCUGCAAAGAAGGCUGCCAAGGUUGACGCAGCUGGACAUGCCCGACGCACGAUCCCCGAGUUCUCUGCUAGCAAUAUUGAUGAUGCCCUUGAUCUGUUAACUCUCAGUGAUGAUAAGAAGGGUCCAGUUUCGAACAAGGAUAUCGAGCGCCAUCCUGAGCGCCGAUUCAAGGCUGCGUUAGCUGCGUAUGAAGAAAGAGAACUUCCUCGUUUCAAAAAGGAAAACCCUGGCUUGCGAUUGAGCCAGUUGAAGGAAAUAAUCUUUAAGGAAUUCAAGAAGUCUCCAGAGAACCCCUUCAACCAAGCAAAUAUUAUGUCGUACAACGCUACUUCAGAGGAUGCUCGAAGUCUGAAAGAUCAACGCCGCGAUGAGGUCGAGAAUCGUCUGCGGACUGCUUAAGGAAGUUAGCAGCCUACCUUUAAUUUUCUAUAUUCGUCAUUUAAAAGCCUCUCAUCCACAACAUAUUCCAUCCCUGUCCCCUACUCUAAAUAGAUGAAACUUCACUGUCUUUCUUAUCUUAUGAGCUUGCAAUACUCCUUUCAAGUAUCCAAGUGAUGCCUUAUCGCCAAAUAAUAAAAGCGUAAAUCAGCAACAGUUUCCAGUCUGUACGUAGUCAAAAACCUCAAGAGACAGAUGCUAUGCGAGGAUGGCACUGUUGAAUUCAG